AAGAUGUCAGAGGUAAAAGUAAAGACGGAAACAAACACUUGUGAACCCGCCGAAGUUGAAAACAGGAUCAAGGAGCUUUGUCAGCAGUUUCCACACGGGAUCACCGAUCAGGUGAUCCAGAACGACAUGCCUCACCUGGAACCUCAACAGAGAGCCAUGGCCAUCAACAAACUGCUCUCAUUGGGCUUGCUGGACCUCCUGAGGAACAGUUCUGGACUUCUCUACAGGCUGAAGGACUCCCAGAGUACCAGUAAGAUGAAAGGUUCGGACAACCAGGAGAAACUUGUCUAUCAGAUCAUCGAAGACGCCGCAAACAAAGGUAUUUGGAGCAGAGACAUCCGCUUCAAGAGCAAUCUUCCUCUGACGGAGAUCAACAAGAUACUGAAGAACUUGGAAAGUAAAAAACUCAUCAAAGCUGUAAAGUCUGUGGCGGCAUCCAAGAAGAAAGUGUACAUGUUGUACAACGUGCAGCCUGACCGCUCUGUGACAGGCGGGGCUUGGUACAGCGACCAGGACUUUGAGUCAGAGUUUGUGGAGGUUUUGAACCAACAGUGCUUCAAGUUCCUGCAGGGCAAGGCUGACGCGGCGAGGGACAGCAAGCAGAGUCCGAUGGUGCAGAGGAACAGCUCCUUUGCCACCUCGCACGAAGUCUGGAAGUACAUCUGCGAGCUGGGGAUCAGCAAGGUGGACCUGUCCAUGGAGGACAUCGAGACCAUCCUCAACACGCUGGUGUAUGACGGCAAAGUGGAAGUGAGCGUCAUGGCCGCCAAGGAGGGAACACUGGGCAGCGUGGAUGGACACAUCAAGCUCUACCGCGGCGUUAACGCCAUCAUCCCGCCCACCGGCCUGGUCAAGACGCCCUGCGGACUCUGCCCGGUUUUUGAUGACUGUCACGAAGGAGGAGAAAUUUCACCGUCAAGCUGCAUCUACCUGGACGAGUGGCUGGACUUCUGACGUCGCCGAUUAUUAUUAUUAUUAUUAUUAUUAUUAUUAUUAUUAUUAUUAUUAUUAUUAUUCUCUUUUAUUCCUGACAUUCACAUUAUGACCACUGCACAUAAUUUCAGGAAGUACAUGCAAUCAAGCACUUUGAUUAUCAAUAAAGUCAGUCAUUGUGAACUUGUUUCAUUUCACUCUUCUUGUGCUAGGUCAGGGGUCACCAACACAGUGCCCGCGGGCAUCAGGUAGCCCCCCACGACCACA